AUGAUUAGAGUGCCUGUUUUAAUACAACCAGUGUUCUGCGCCACGCUCUUACUUGCGGCGUAUUUAGGGUUCUCACUGAUUCAAUUGAACCAUGAUAAGGCCAUCCACUUCACAACAUUUUUCAUUUUGACCGCAGAGUUCUUCUUUCUCUGGAAGGUGUUCCGGCCAUGGAAGUUCACGUUUGUGGUGAUGACAUUGGGCGCUAGCAUCCUCCUGGAGUACGUGCAGAACUUUAUAAACCAUAACAGGCGAUUUGACUACGUGGACAUAUUGUAUAAUGUGCAUGGGAGUGGCCUAGCAUUGGCGAUGUGUUGCUUGGUAGCCAGAAGAAGAACACACAUCGAGAUCGAACGGGAAAGCUCCCCGGUAACUCCAACAACUUCUGACGGGGAAGAUUAUGUGGAUAUUCGCAUGGAUGAUAUAGAACGGAUGUAA